CUUUACAAGAGCCAGGGAUUGUUUGUUUUGUGCUAAAACUUCAAGUUCCUAGAGCAAGCGAACACUCUGCAUGGCAAUACUUGAUUGAAAACUGGGGGAUAGAAGCAAGUUCCUAGAAAAUUCUGCAACCAACCCUAGUCCGGAUAGGCUGGGGGGGGAGACGAGCUUCUUGCCAAGUUCCCAGAGCUGCUGCUCUCCCCUCUUUUGCUUCCUUGGCCGUGGUACCCUGGAUGCAGACCUUGCAGGGUGAGGAGAUUGGGCUGGGAGCUGCAAACAGAGGGUGAAGGUUGGGUGCUGGCUGGAGCAGAAGAAGGAAAUGGCAUUGGCACUGCAGUACAUGGGGCCCUGUGAGGUCCCAGGGUGCGUUCUGGUACCCGCUGGGACACGGGCAUGGAGCUGCUGUACUUGCAGCUUGUAGCUUGGACAGGACACAUGGAGCAGAACACACAGCUUUUGGGAUGCUGAAGUGGUGCUGGAGGGUAGACGGCAUUCCCUAGCAGCUCUGGCAGGAAACCUGUAACAAAGUUGGCCAGGACCUUUCAAAAACUCCAAUGUUUUGGCACAAAACAACCUAACUCAGAAACUAUGACAGCCUGAAACCUCCCCACUAGUUGCUCCAGCUCCGUGGGAGCAGACUCAUGUGCUGGUGAGCUAGGAAAUUCCAGGUAGCUCUGCCUUUCCAUGACACAGGGUGCUGGCACACCCUUGCUACACAUCCACGACGCAGGGGACCAGCGGCUGCAGAGGGGAAAGUGAUAUUUGUGCAGUGGGGAAUGGCAGGUGUUCUGAGUGAGGCUGCAGCCACCAGCGGGGACCUCAGGGAGGGACCUAGGAUGGCAGUGGUGAUGGGGCAGAAGGUGCUGGUUUCCUGCAGGCAGCUGAAGGGUGAGGGGUCGGAGCUGGAGCUGCCCCAUGGCUUCCCCGGCUGUGCGGGGCCCGGCUCCAAGGAACACGGGUCUGGAAGAGGCUGUGCUGGGCUGCGCCAGGGCUGUGUGCUCUUGCCAGGCCUGGCGGCAGCGCUGAUUGUUUCCAUGUUUGCUGCGCUGCCAAACAGCAUCAGGGAGGAGGAGAGGGAAGGAGGAAAGGGGGAGAGCCUGGAGCAGGGCUUUGUGGUGGGAGAGGGGUCAGUGGGAGCUGGGGACUGCGAGCCCUGCACUGAGGUGGGGCAGCACUGUCCGUUGCCAUUGGGGUCAAAGCACAUUGCAGGGCACAAACACAGACCAGACCCCGCUGUGUCCCCGUGGGGAGAAGGACAAAUACCCCCGUUAGGCUCUAAGUGACUUCGACACGGAACGAAGCCAGAAUCCGUAUCUGCAAGGACCUCAGCCAGCGAGGCCCUCUGUGGCACCGCCCCACCGCCAUCUUGGUUGGGGGCGCCGCCAUCUUGCUUCCGGGCAACGCCGCCAUCUUGGUUGCGGGCGGUGGGGCGGGGCCGUGAGGAGUUGCGGGGCUGGGCCGGGAUAAAGUCCAUCCUUCUCCCCUGCACCCAGUUCUGGCGGUCCUUAGGGUGCCUUGUAGCCGUGUUGGGGCCCUUUAGGAAGGGCAGGGCUUGGGGGCACGGCCGGGGCCGCUGGGCUGAGCGUGUUUCUGCAGACGGGAGCAGAGAUGGAGGCCCCGGAGCUGUUUGCCACAGCCGUGCCCGAGGAGCAGCUGGAGGGCGGCCGGGAGAGAGCCCUGCGGAGGAUCUUCGGGCCCAGCCAGUGCCUGCGCAGUGUGGAGAGACCCAGGGGUGUGGGAUCCCUUCCCGCCAUUGUGCAGGGCAGGAUGUGGGAGCACUGGCAGAAAGGAAGGGACUUCUCCUCUAGUGACCGGUGGGAGGAAGCCAUCAUCUGCUACACAAAAGCCAUCAGCCUCGAUCCAUGGCGGGCAGAGCUGUAUGAGCAGCGGGCAGAGGCUUUCCUCCAGCUUUGUGACUUCCAGUCGGCCGUGCUGAACUUAAGGAAGGUGCUUGUGUUGGCACCUGCACGGGAGCAGCACUGCCUGGCUCGUCUGGCUCUUGUCCUUGACCUGCAGGGCCAAUGUCUGCUGGACCAGGAGCUCUACAGUGAGGCCCUGGAGGCCUUCACACAGGCAGCCGAGCUGCAGCCUCACUGCAGGGUGUUCCGCCAGAGAAGCAUGGUGUGCCUUGCUGCCCUCGGUGAGUUCCCAGAGUUCCUACAGAUGCUUAACAGAGAACUGGAGGAGGAUGUGAGGAAUCCUGAUGCGUAUGUGCUCCGUGCCUUCUUCUACAACCGCUUUGAGCAGCUGGCCCUGUGCCACCAGGACAUCCAGCGGGCCCUGAAGCUGGAGCCACAGCACAGAGCUGCCCAGGCUUUGUGGCACAGGCUGCUGAGACAAGGCCAGGAGGCUAAGUCCCAGGCGGUGUUGAAGGCCCUGUGUGGGGACCUGCAUGGGGCCCUGUACAAGAUCAGCUUGGCUAUUGAGAGUGACCCGUUGGCUGCCGAAUUCUUCACCCUCAGAGGGACUCUUCUCCGACUGCUCAAGAACUUCAGUGCGGCCAGCAAGGACUUGGCCAGGGCGAGAGAGCUGAGCACCGUGGGGAGCCCAGAGGCCCGGGAGGCUCAGCGGCAGUUGGUGCUCACCUACAAUGAUUGUGCCGUGCACUGCUAUGCCCUGGGCCGACUUGAUGAGGCUGUGAAGCUCCUUGGUGAAGCUCUGCGAGAUGAGAGGAUGGAGCAGGGAAUCUACGCCAAUAGAGGAGAAUGCUUCUUUCGCCUGGGGGAGCUGGCCUACGCUCUGGCAGAUUACCAGCAGGCCCUGGAGCUGAGUCCAGGGAACCGUGUUGUGCAGGGACGCAUUGCAGCCGUGUUGCACGAGAAGGGCCGGCAGGACUUGGCAGCCAGGCGGUUCCUGGAGGCAGAAGCUUGCUUCUCUAUGGCCAUUGAGCACGACCCCCGAGAAGCCCUGUACUACCUGGACCGUGCCAUGGCCAAGUGGUGUCUAGGGAAGGUGGAGAGUGCGAGGGAGGAUGUUGCACUCAGUCUGUGGCUCAACCCCACGGAUAGUAAGAUCCUUUCCCUUGCACGCCACCUCUUUCCAAGAAAGACUGUCCAGGCUAUCCUGAGGAGCGAGACUGGACGCCUUGCCCAACAAACCUUGGAUAAAAUACUUCAGUGUCCUCCAAGACUUCCAUCUGAUGAUGCCUGAUGGACAGAAGCAGUAGGUCCCCACAUAAGUGGCACUCCCAUGAAGCUGAGCAGAGCUGGUCCAGCAAAAGCCUGCAAGGUCUGAAAAGCAGGAGGAUGUGAAAGAAGCUCAAGAGCUCAUAGCACCAACUCCUCGGCCUGCUGUAGAAAUCACCCCUGAAUAAAAGUAUUUCAGAAAAAUCAUUAGCGGCACCACGGUCUCCCCCGGAGGUAGCACUGAACUUUUUUGUAGCUCAAGGAAACUUUACUGUAAUGUUGAGGGUGUUCACCAGUCAGCAGUGCAGCAGUCAGCACCAGCAUCGUCACAUGGUACCAAGGAACUGAGGUACUGCCAAGAUGGCUUUUCAAAAUGCUAAAAUGAUGUAUUAAAAAAAAAUAAUUCUU